AUGCCACCUGAUGAUGAUGACAAGCCGAAAACCACCGAGCAAGAUGGAUUGCAAAAAAAGGCCACCUCGUGGACACUUGCUUCUUGGGUCAAGUUGGCAUUGACACUGGAUGGUCGCGACAAAAUCACCAAGGUCUUCCAGUACUCGGCACGCAUGUUGGCGUGGUGGUUUGCGGGACAGACCAACCAAGUGAAACGGUUCAAGGCGGUCCAAGCCAGUUUGACCACCAGGCGCAAGGCAUAUCGGUUGGGACGGUCCUUGAUUGAAAUUCAAAAGAUUCGAGACUCGGGCGUGUUGGAACUCUUUUUCGAUCCAACAACUUCAGGCAAGAAUGCCAAGGCGGACCCGGCUUGGAAGAUCAUUGGCAGUGCAUUGAAAAUGAUUGGUUUGCUGGGAUUUUGGGCGGGUGAUAACGUCAACUUUUUGACGGGCAGUGGACUCUUCGAUGACUAUCGAGUAGAAUCACAAAAAGAACGCAUCGCACGGCGGAAUCAACUCAAAACACAAGCCAAUCUCUUUGCCAAUCGAUUCUACUUUUUCGGUGCCGUGGCAGGUCUGGUCACCAGCUUGAGGGUCUACUUGACGUUUCGUCAAACGACACUCCAAGCGGCACAGGAACGACUUGUGGAGGCUACAAGUCGAGUAGAGGAAACCUGUGACAACGAUGAUGAUGAGCACACCAAGAGCAAACAGUUGUGGAAUGAAGCCAAACAGGCCAUGGACGUGGCAAAAGAGAAACAGUUCUCCAUCUUUGUCACACUGCUCAAGAGUUGCAUGGACGUGGUGGUCUUUAGCAACAACCCAGGCAUUGACCUCCACAAAAGGUUCCGAGGAAAGAAGAAUCAUGAAGGAUUCCAUUGUGUGUGUGGGCUCAUCUCGGCCACCACUGUACUCUACAACAACUUUCCCAAUGCCAAAAAGUAG